AUGAUUCUCUCUGCUAAAGGUUCCACAAAGCUAUGGUUUCUGAUAUGGGUUCUAUGCUCUUGGAAUCAAAUUGGUCUUGCUAUGCUCCAGUCAAUGAUGCCAACACCGGCUUCUAUACCUCAAUUCGUAAGUCAUAGUGGUCAAGUUUGCAGUACAUGGGGAAAUUACCACUUCAAGACCUUUGCUGGAGAUAUAUACCAGUUCCCUGGGACUUGCAACUAUGUAUUUGCUUCUCAUUGCAAGAGCAGUCAUGAAGACUUCAACAUUCAGAUGCGACGCAGUGAUAACAACAGUGUCCCUGUUAUAACCCAUAUCACAGCGAAGAUCGAUGGAGUGGUGGUGGAGAUAAUAAAUAAAUCCAUUACAAUGGAUGGAGUCUUGAUUACAGAGAUUCCAGUUGAGAAGUCCAGGGUUCACAUUGACAAAAUUGGCAAUUAUCUAAAGAUUUCAGUCUCCAGUGAUAUUGUCCUUAUAUGGAAUGGAGAAGACAGUCUGCUGUUGAAACUGAACCGUAAUAAAUAUGGCAACCAGACAUGUGGAAUGUGCGGUGAUUUCAGUGAUGCUGGUGGUUUUACAGUGUUGGAUGACUGGGUACCAGAAGGUGCAACAGUGAAUCAGCAUUACUACAAAAAUGUUCUAGAAACUAUGGGAAAGAAUCAGAGGAAACAGGCCAUAGAUGGGGGAAAGUGGUUUCAUCCUCCAUCAGGACAAUGCACCAGCUCGUACAGCUCUCUCUGUGAAGCUAGCAUAGCCCAGCCACCCCAAGGCAUGAUACAAGUGGGAAGUAGCAGUUUAAGUGUUAAAAAGUGUUACAUUAAUAAGAGGUACCAGCAUAAGUGUUACAUAGGCAUCCAGCUUACACCAGUGCAGUUCGGAAAUUUGCAGAAAAUGAAUGGUCCAAUGGAAGAUUGCCCAGACGUAUCCUCUCCUAAACUGACUAACUGUUCAGAUAAGGAUGAGCUAUGUAAGAAAUCCCUGACGUCUGCAGCAUUCUUCAGUUGUAACGCCCUUCUAGCACCAAUGGACUACAUAGAUGCUUGUGUGGCGGACCUUUGUCAGAGCACAGCUGAGAACCGCAUGGUCUUCUUGUGCAACAUGUUUGCUGAAUAUUCACGUCAGUGUACCCAUGCUGCAGGAGUUCCUGGGAACUGGAGAACUCCUACAUUAUGCCGUAAGUGGUCAUGUCCUUUCAACAUGAUAUUCCAAGAACAUGGUUCUCCCUGCCCCAAUACCUGUUCCAACACAGAGAGGUCAAUGCUUUGUGAAGAUCAUGGCAUUGAUGGAUGUUUUUGUCCACCAGGGACUGUGUUAGAUGACAUAAAUAACAUUGGCUGCGUCCCUCGAGAGGAAUGUUUUUGUGUCUAUAACAGCGAGACUUAUGCUCCAGGCUCCACCUACAGUACGGCAUGCCGAGCAUGCAAAUGCUCAGGAGGAAAGUGGAAAUGUAAAGAGCUGCCAUGCACAGGCAGUUGUUCUGUUGAAGGAGGGACACACAUUACAAGCUUUGAUGGGACCCGUUACAGUAUCGAUAUGGAUUGUAGUUAUGUACUGGCAAAGAACUGCAGUGGCGAUGAUUUCACAUUGCUUGGAGAGAUGCGCAGGUGCGGAAUAACUAACACCAAAUCCUGCCUGAAAAGUGUUGUUUUGAGCUUGAAGAAAGGUGAAACUGUGCUUGCCAUUAAAGAUAAUGGCAUGGUGUUCCUUAACUCAAUUCCAAUUCAAAUGCCUCUUUCAGUUGCUGACAUGACAGUAUACCCGCCUACAUCCUUCUAUAUAAAUGUAGCAUUACGCAUUGGUGUUAAGAUACAGAUUCAGACGGUACCAUUUAUGCAGGUCUACAUCACCAUGGACCCAUCUUAUCAUAAUCAAACUUGCGGGCUAUGUGGAAACUUCAACAAUAUUCAGACUGAUGACUUUAGAGCUAUUAGUGGAGUCAUUGAAGGGACUGCUGCUGCCUUUGUUAAUACCUGGAAGACUUUAUCCAACUGCCCAAACAUCAAAAACAGUUAUGAGGACCCAUGUUCCCUCAGUCUGGAGAAAGAAACCUAUGCCCAACAUUGGUGUAGCCUACUCACUUCUCUAACUGGACCAUUCUCCCCAUGCCACAGCCUAGAAAAUCCACUUCCUUAUUACGCGAAAUGUCUGUCAGACACAUGUAGCUCUCAGGACAGUGAAGAAGGCAUGUGUGCUGCCCUCUCUUCUUACGUAUAUGCAUGUGCCAAGAAGAGUGUUUCUCUCUUUGGAUGGAGAGAUAGCGUUUGCCAAAAAUACACAAAGAUCUGCCAGGAAUCUCAGGCAUACCGUUAUAAUGUGACUCGGUGCCAGCCAACAUGCCGAUCUCUAAGUGAAGCAGAUGUGACAUGCAGUUUUAAAUUUGACCUUGUGGAUGGCUGUGUGUGUAAGGAUGGAACCUAUAUGAAUGACAAUGGGGAUUGUGUUUUGCCAAGUUCAUGCCCAUGUUACUACCAAGGGAAAGUAAUGGAAGCUGGAGAAAUGAUUACGGAGAAUGGAGUUGCGUGUAAAUGCGAAAAGGGCCAGCUGAACUGUAUGGGAUCAUUAUUUCUCUUACCAGUUUGCCCUGAUCCAUUGGUUUAUUUUAAUUGCACCAGUGCCCCAAAGGGCUCCAAAGGAGUGGAGUGUCAGAGAAGUUGUCAUACCCUGGACAUGGAUUGUUACAUUUCUCAGUGCAUUUCAGGUUGUAUAUGUCCUGCUGGGUUGGUUUCGGAUGACAAUGGAGGUUGUAUCACUCAGCAGAAGUGUCCAUGUUUCCACAAUGAAGCCACAUUCCGUCCAGGAGCCAACAUCUCAGUCGGCUGUAACACUUGCACAUGUAAGAACAGGAAGUGGCAGUGUACCCGCAAACAAUGUCUCGGGACGUGUUCCAUUUAUGGGGACGGACAUUACACAACCUUUGAUAACAAGCAUUUUACCUUUAGUGGGAGCUGUGAAUACACAUUGGUCCAGGAUAACUGUGGCCAUGAUGGAGGGCAAAACACUUUCAGAGUCAUCACGGAGAAUGUGCCUUGUGGGACAACUGGUACUACAUGUUCCAAGAAUAUCAAGUUCUUUAUCAAGGGGUACGAGCUUCGUCUUAACAAUGAAAAAAUUGAGGUAGUGAAGAGAGAUGACAACAGCACUAUUCCCUAUGAGGUCAUGCACAGGGGCAUGUACCUAGUCAUUAACAGCGAGAAUAAAAUUAUAAUCAUGUGGGACCAAAAGACCACCAUUCACAUAAAGCUCAGCCCGGACUUCCAGAAUAAAGUCUGUGGCAUUUGUGGUAACUACGAUGGCAUUGCAAACAAUGAUUUCACCACUAGGAGUCAGUCAGUGGUAGAGAAUUUGAUGGAAUUUGGUAACAGCUGGAAAACAGACCCAAAGUGCCCUAAUGUGUUUGCUGUCAAGGAUCCUUGUUCCAUCAACCCAUACAGAAAAGCUUGGGCACUGAAGCAGUGUGGAAUCAUCACCAGCAAGGUCUUUCAAGCUUGUCAUCCUCAGGUGGAUCCUGGCAUGUAUUUUGAAUCUUGCAUUAGCGACUCCUGUGCCUGUGAUUCUGGAGGAGACUGUGAAUGCUUCUGUACUGCCGUGGCACUAUAUGCCCAAGCUUGCAGUGAAAAUGGGGUGUGUAUCAAUUGGAGGACGCCAACCAUAUGCCCUAUGUUCUGUGAUUACUAUAAUGAUGUCGGAGAAUGUGAAUGGCACUACAAACCCUGUGGUGAUAAAUGUAUGAAGACUUGCAGGUACCCUAAAGGAAAGUGCCUGUAUGAGCUGUCAGGCUGUGAAGGCUGCUAUCCCAAAUGCCCUGCAUCUAAACCCUAUCUGAAUGAAGAGACCAUGAAGUGUGUGGCUCAGUGUGGCUGUAGUGAUAACAACGGAAAUUGGUAUAACUAUGGCGAGAGGGUUCCAUCUGAACAGAAUUGUCAAACUUGUGAGUGUUCCAUGGAUGGGGUAAGAUGCCAAUAUGACAGCACAGCUUGCCGCUGUGAAUAUGAAGGCAAAUUUUACAACUAUACAGAAGUAAUUCCAAGCUUAAAUAAUGAACAUGGAAAAUGCACGCAAAUGAAGUGUGAAUUAAAUGGAGAAAUUAUUGAAAUCAGUAACAUUUGCACAACAGUCGUUCCUACUGCACAAAGAUUAAUGGAGACAACUAAAGAGAUCCCAGUUGACUUUCCAGAAAUAAUACCUACAUUCCCGGUCAGAACCUCUACAUUUCCAUCAAUUUCAGGCAAAAAAACUUCCAUUGCCGGAACUACAUUUACAUAUUCCAUGUCACCAUACACACCUAAGGUUAAUACAAAAACAAGCCCAAUAACCUUAACCUUAUCAGAACCAACCGGAACUUCCAAUUAUAUAAAUUCUACACCUACAACUAAAACUACUAUUCCUGAUUAUUCAAUUAGUGGAACUUCCACCCAUGCAACACCCUUGACUUCAGCUCCUGUUACAUCUUCUGUGUCAUCACCCAUACCAAAAAGUACAUUUAAUCCAUCAAUUACAACAUCCACCAAAGCCAUUCCAGAAACCAGCACCUACUCACCAACACUAACAACAACUGCUCCUACUGAGAUUUUAACACCAUUAAAUUCAAUAUCAACUUCCAGUAAUCCAACAUCAACGACUGCUAGCAAAAAUGGGCCUUGUGCUUGGUGUCGCUGGACAGGGUGGGUUGAUACAAAUCAUCCAACAUCUGAAGAAGCUGGAGGAGACCAAGAGACCUUUGAAAUAGCACAAAGUAAAGGAAUACAUGUGUGCAGAGAAAAAAAAUAUAUCCGGAAAAUUGAAUGCAGAGCUAGCUCAUAUCCUAGUAUUCCAAUUGAAAGUCUAAAUCAACCUGUAACCUGUGAUAUUGAAACAGGUUUACAGUGUAGAAACAAGGAUAUAGUGGGACCAUGGAAGAUGUGCUACAAUUAUCAAGUACAAUUCUACUGUUGUGAUCAGAUUUACGACUGUCCUUCUACUUUAUCAACUACAACAUCUACACUGUCAAUUAAAACCACAAGUCAUCACCCUACAACUAAAACAGCUAAAGUCACUACUGCAGACUUAAAUUUCUCUACAUCUACAGGCAUAGCAACAACUACAUUUCCAGUUUCUUCUGCAAAAAUAAUGACAGAAUCAACAAGCUCUGUUUCUACAACCUCAAAUUCAAAAAGUAGUUCUAAUUCUAAAAUAACUAAUACAAUAAGUGGAACUUCCACCCUUGCAACACCCUUGACUUCAGCUCCUGUUACAUCUUCUGUGUCAUCACCCAUACCAAAAAGUACAUUUAAUCCAUCAAUUACAACAUCCACCAAAGCCAUUCCAGAAACCAGCACCUACUCACCAACACUAACAACAGCUGCUCCUACUGAGAUUUUAACACCGUUAAAUUCAAUAUCAACUUCCAGUAAUCCACCAUCAACGACUGCUAGCAAAAAUGGGCCUUGUGCUUGGUGUCACUGGACAGGGUGGGUUGAUACAAAUCAUCCAACAUCCGAAGAAGCUGGAGGAGACCAAGAGACUUUUGAAAUAGCACAAAGUAAAGGAAUACAUGUGUGCAGAGAAAAAAAAUAUAUCCGGAAAAUUGAAUGCAGAGCUAGCUCAUAUCCUAGUAUUCCAAUUGAAAGUCUAAAUCAACCUGUAACCUGUGAUAUUGAAACAGGUUUACAGUGUAGAAACAAGGAUAUAGUGGGACCAUGGAAGAUGUGCUACAAUUAUCAAGUACAAUUCUACUGUUGUGAUCAGAUUUACGACUGUCCUUCUACUUUAUCAACUACAACAUCUACACUGUCAAUUAAAACCACAAGUCAUCACCCUACAACUAAAACAGCUAAAGUCACUACUUCAGACUUAAAUCUCUCUACAUCUACAGGCAUAGCAACAACUACAUUUCCAGUUUCUUCUGCAAAAAUAAUGACUAAAUCAACAAGCUCUGUUUCUACAACCUCAAAUUCUAAAAGUAGUUCUAAUUCUAAAAUAACUAAUACAAUUAGUGGAACUUCCACCCUUGCAACACCCGUGACUUCAGCUCCUGUUACAUCUUCUGUGUCAUCACCCAUACAAAAAAGUACAUUUAAUCCAUCAAUUACAACAUCCACCAAAGCCAUUCCAGAAACCAGCACCUACUCACCAACACUAACAACAACUGCUCCUACUGAGAUUUUAACACCAUUAAAUUCAAUAUCAACUUCCAGUAAUCCAACAUCAACGACUGCUAGCAAAAAUGGGCCUUGUGCUUGGUGUCGCUGGACAGGGUGGGUUGAUACAAAUCAUCCAACAUCUGAAGAAGCUGGAGGAGACCAAGAGACCUUUGAAAUAGCACAAAGUAAAGGAAUACAUGUGUGCAGAGAAAAAAUAUAUAUCCGGAAAAUUGAAUGCAGAGCUAGCUCAUAUCCUAGUAUUCCAAUUGAAAGUCUAAAUCAACCUGUAACCUGUGAUAUUGAAACAGGUUUACAGUGUAGAAACAAGGAUAUAGUGGGACCAUGGAAGAUGUGCUACAAUUAUCAAGUACAAUUCUACUGUUGUGAUCAGAUUUACGACUGUCCUUCUACUUUAUCAACUACAACAUCUACACUGUCAAUUAAAACCACAAGUCAUCACCCUACAACUAAAACAGCUAAAGUCACUACUGCAGACUUAAAUUUCUCUACAUCUACAGGCAUAGCAACAACUACAUUUCCAGUUUCUUCUGCAAAAAUAAUGACAGAAUCAACAAGCUCUGUUUCUACAACCUCAAAUUCAAAAAGUAGUUCUAUUUCUAAAAUAACUAAUACAAUAAGUGGAACUUCCACCCUUGCAACACCCGUGACUUCAGCUCCUGUUACAUCUUCUGUGUCAUCACCCAUACCAAAAAGUACAUUUAAUCCAUCAAUUACAACAUCCACCAAAGCCAUUCCAGAAACCAGCACCUACUCACCAACACUAACAACAGCUGCUCCUACUGAGAUUUUAACACCGUUAAAUUCAAUAUCAACUUCCAGUAAUCCACCAUCAACGACUGCUAGCAAAAAUGGGCCUUGUGCUUGGUGUCACUGGACAGGGUGGGUUGAUACAAAUCAUCCAACAUCCGAAGAAGCUGGAGGAGACCAAGAGACUUUUGAAAUAGCACAAAGUAAAGGAAUACAUGUGUGCAGAGAAAAAAAAUAUAUACGGAAAAUUGAAUGCAGAGCUAGCUCAUAUCCUAGUAUUCCAAUUGAAAGUCUAAAUCAACCUGUAACCUGUGAUAUUGAAACAGGUUUACAGUGUAGAAACAAGGAUAUAGUGGGACCAUGGAAGAUGUGCUACAAUUAUCAAGUACAAUUCUACUGUUGUGAUCAGAUUUACGACUGUCCUUCUACUUUAUCAACUACAACAUCUACACUGUCAAUUAAAACCACAAGUCGUCACCCUACAACUAAAACAGCUAAAGUCACUACUGCAGACUUAAAUUUCUCUACAUCUACAGGCAUAGCAACAACUACAUUUCCAGUUUCUUCUGCAAAAAUAAUGACAGAAUCAACAAGCUCUGUUUCUACAACCUCAAAUUCAAAAAGUAGUUCUAUUUCUAAAAUAACUAAUACAAUAAGUGGAACUUCCACCCUUGCAACACCCGUGACUUCAGCUCCUGUUACAUCUUCUGUGUCAUCACCCAUACCAAAAAGUACAUUUAAUCCAUCAAUUACAACAUCCACCAAAGCCAUUCCAGAAACCAGCACCUACUCACCAACACUAACAACAGCUGCUCCUACUGAGAUUUUAACACCGUUAAAUUCAAUAUCAACUUCCAGUAAUCCACCAUCAACGACUGCUAGCAAAAAUGGGCCUUGUGCUUGGUGUCACUGGACAGGGUGGGUUGAUACAAAUCAUCCAACAUCCGAAGAAGCUGGAGGAGACCAAGAGACUUUUGAAAUAGCACAAAGUAAAGGAAUACAUGUGUGCAGAGAAAAAAAAUAUAUCCGGAAAAUUGAAUGCAGAGCUAGCUCAUAUCCUAGUAUUCCAAUUGAAAGUCUAAAUCAACCUGUAACCUGUGAUAUUGAAACAGGUUUACAGUGUAGAAACAAGGAUAUAGUGGGACCAUGGAAGAUGUGCUACAAUUAUCAAGUACAAUUCUACUGUUGUGAUCAGAUUUACGACUGUCCUUCUACUUUAUCAACUACAACAUCUACACUGUCAAUUAAAACCACAAGUCAUCACCCUACAACUAAAACAGCUAAAGUCACUACUUCAGACUUAAAUCUCUCUACAUCUACAGGCAUAGCAACAACUACAUUUCCAGUUUCUUCUGCAAAAAUAAUGACUAAAUCAACAAGCUCUGUUUCUACAACCUCAAAUUCUAAAAGUAGUUCUAAUUCUAAAAUAACUAAUACAAUUAGUGGAACUUCCACCCUUGCAACACCCGUGACUUCAGCUCCUGUUACAUCUUCUGUGUCAUCACCCAUACAAAAAAGUACAUUUAAUCCAUCAAUUACAACAUCCACCAAAGCCAUUCCAGAAACCAGCACCUACUCACCAACACUAACAACAACUGCUCCUACUGAGAUUUUAACACCAUUAAAUUCAAUAUCAACUUCCAGUAAUCCAACAUCAACGACUGCUAGCAAAAAUGGGCCUUGUGCUUGGUGUCGCUGGACAGGGUGGGUUGAUACAAAUCAUCCAACAUCUGAAGAAGCUGGAGGAGACCAAGAGACCUUUGAAAUAGCACAAAGUAAAGGAAUACAUGUGUGCAGAGAAAAAAAAUAUAUCCGGAAAAUUGAAUGCAGAGCUAGCUCAUAUCCUAGUAUUCCAAUUGAAAGUCUAAAUCAACCUGUAACCUGUGAUAUUGAAACAGGUUUACAGUGUAGAAACAAGGAUAUAGUGGGACCAUGGAAGAUGUGCUACAAUUAUCAAGUACAAUUCUACUGUUGUGAUCAGAUUUACGACUGUCCUUCUACUUUAUCAACUACAACAUCUACACUGUCAAUUAAAACCACAAGUCAUCACCCUACAACUAAAACAGCUAAAGUCACUACUGCAGACUUAAAUUUCUCUACAUCUACAGGCAUAGCAACAACUACAUUUCCAGUUUCUUCUGCAAAAAUAAUGACAGAAUCAACAAGCUCUGUUUCUACAACCUCAAAUUCAAAAAGUAGUUCUAUUUCUAAAAUAACUAAUACAAUAAGUGGAACUUCCACCCUUGCAACACCCUUGACUUCAGCUCCUGUUACAUCUUCUGUGUCAUCACCCAUACCAAAAAGUACAUUUAAUCCAUCAAUUACAACAUCCACCAAAGCCAUUCCAGAAACCAGCACCUACUCACCAACACUAACAACAACAGCUCCUACUGAGAUUUUAACACCACUAAAUUCAAUAUCAACUUCCAGUAAUCCAACAUCAACGACUGCUAGCAAAAAUGGGCCUUGUGCUUGGUGUCGCUGGACAGGGUGGGUUGAUACAAAUCAUCCAACAUCCGAAGAAGCUGGAGGAGACCAAGAGACCUUUGAAAUAGCACAAAGUAAAGGAAUACAUGUGUGCAGAGAAAAAAAAUAUAUCCGGAAAAUUGAAUGCAGAGCUAGCUCAUAUCCUAGUAUUCCAAUUGAAAGUCUAAAUCAACCUGUAACCUGUGAUAUUGAAACAGGUUUACAGUGUAGAAACAAGGAUAUAGUGGGACCAUGGAAGAUGUGCUACAAUUAUCAAGUACAAUUCUACUGUUGUGAUCAGAUUUACGACUGUCCUUCUACUUUAUCAACUACAACAUCUACACUGUCAAUUAAAACCACAAGUCAUCACCCUACAACUAAAACAGCUAAAGUCACUACUUCAGACUUAAAUCUCUCUACAUCUACAGGCAUAGCAACAACUACAUUUCCAGUUUCUUCUGCAAAAAUAAUGACUAAAUCAACAAGCUCUGUUUCUACAACCUCAAAUUCUAAAAGUAGUUCUAAUUCUAAAAUAACUAAUACAAUUAGUGGAACUUCCACCCUUGCAACACCCGUGACUUCAGCUCCUGUUACAUCUUCUGUGUCAUCACCCAUACAAAAAAGUACAUUUAAUCCAUCAAUUACAACAUCCACCAAAGCCAUUCCAGAAACCAGCACCUACUCACCAACACUAACAACAACAGCUCCUACUGAGAUUUUAACACCACUAAAUUCAAUAUCAACUUCCAGUAAUCCAACAUCAACGACUGCUAGCAAAAAUGGGCCUUGUGCUUGGUGUCGCUGGACAGGGUGGGUUGAUACAAAUCAUCCAACAUCCGAAGAAGCUGGAGGAGACCAAGAGACCUUUGAAAUAGCACAAAGUAAAGGAAUACAUGUGUGCAGAGAAAAAAAAUAUAUCCAGAAAAUUGAAUGCAGAGCUAGCUCAUAUCCUAGUAUUCCAAUUGAAAGUCUAAAUCAACCUGUAACCUGUGAUAUUGAAACAGGUUUACAGUGUAGAAACAAGGAUAUAGUGGGACCAUGGAAGAUGUGCUACAAUUAUCAAGUACAAUUCUACUGUUGUGAUCAGAUUUACGACUGUCCUUCUACUUUAUCAACUACAACAUCUACACUGUCAAUUAAAACCACAAGUCAUCACCCUACAACUAAAACAGCUAAAGUCACUACUGCAGACUUAAAUUUCUCUACAUCUACAGGCAUAGCAACAACUACAUUUCCAGUUUCUUCUGCAAAAAUAAUGACAGAAUCAACAAGCUCUGUUUCUACAACCUCAAAUUCAAAAAGUAGUUCUAUUUCUAAAAUAACUAAUACAAUAAGUGGAACUUCCACCCUUGCAACACCCUUGACUUCAGCUCCUGUUACAUCUUCUGUGUCAUCACCCAUACCAAAAAGUACAUUUAAUCCAUCAAUUACAACAUCCACCAAAGCCAUUCCAGAAACCAGCACCUACUCACCAACACUAACAACAACAGCUCCUACUGAGAUUUUAACACCACUAAAUUCAAUAUCAACUUCCAGUAAUCCAACAUCAACGACUGCUAGCAAAAAUGGGCCUUGUGCUUGGUGUCGCUGGACAGGGUGGGUUGAUACAAAUCAUCCAACAUCCGAAGAAGCUGGAGGAGACCAAGAGACCUUUGAAAUAGCACAAAGUAAAGGAAUACAUGUGUGCAGAGAAAAAAAAUAUAUCCGGAAAAUUGAAUGCAGAGCUAGCUCAUAUCCUAGUAUUCCAAUUGAAAGUCUAAAUCAACCUGUAACCUGUGAUAUUGAAACAGGUUUACAGUGUAGAAACAAGGAUAUAGUGGGACCAUGGAAGAUGUGCUACAAUUAUCAAGUACAAUUCUACUGUUGUGAUCAGAUUUACGACUGUCCUUCUACUUUAUCAACUACAACAUCUACACUGUCAAUUAAAACCACAAGUCAUCACCCUACAACUAAAACAGCUAAAGUCACUACUUCAGACUUAAAUCUCUCUACAUCUACAGGCAUAGCAACAACUACAUUUCCAGUUUCUUCUGCAAAAAUAAUGACUAAAUCAACAAGCUCUGUUUCUACAACCUCAAAUUCUAAAAGUAGUUCUAAUUCUAAAAUAACUAAUACAAUUAGUGGAACUUCCACCCUUGCAACACCCGUGACUUCAGCUCCUGUUACAUCUUCUGUGUCAUCACCCAUACAAAAAAGUACAUUUAAUCCAUCAAUUACAACAUCCACCAAAGCCAUUCCAGAAACCAGCACCUACUCACCAACACUAACAACAACAGCUCCUACUGAGAUUUUAACACCACUAAAUUCAAUAUCAACUUCCAGUAAUCCAACAUCAACGACUGCUAGCAAAAAUGGGCCUUGUGCUUGGUGUCGCUGGACAGGGUGGGUUGAUACAAAUCAUCCAACAUCCGAAGAAGCUGGAGGAGACCAAGAGACCUUUGAAAUAGCACAAAGUAAAGGAAUACAUGUGUGCAGAGAAAAAAAAUAUAUCCAGAAAAUUGAAUGCAGAGCUAGCUCAUAUCCUAGUAUUCCAAUUGAAAGUCUAAAUCAACCUGUAACCUGUGAUAUUGAAACAGGUUUACAGUGUAGAAACAAGGAUGUAGUGGGACCAUGGAAGAUGUGCUACAAUUAUCAAGUACAAUUCUACUGUUGUGAUCAGAUUUACGACUGUCCUUCUACUUUAUCAACUACAACAUCUACACUGUCAAUUAAAACCACAAGUCAUCACCCUAUAACUAAAACAGCUAAAGUCACUACUGCAGACUUAAAUUUCUCUACAUCUACAGGCAUAGCAACAACUACAUUUCCAGUUUCUUCUACAAAAAUAAUUACAAAAUCAACAAGCUCUGUUUCUACAACCUCAAAUUCAAAAAGUAGUUCUAAUUCUAAAAUAACUAAUACAAUUAGUGGAACUUCCACCCUUGCAACACCCUUGACUUCAGCUCCUGUUACAUCUUCUGUGUCAUCACCCAUACCAAAAAGUACAUUUAAUCCAUCAAUUACAUCCACCAAAGCCAUUCCAGAAACCAGCACCUACUUGCCAACACUAACAACAGCUGCUCCUACUGAGAUUUUAACACCGUUAAAUUCAAUAUCAACUUCCAGUAAUCCAACAUCAACGACUGCUAGCAAAAAUGGGCCUUGUGCUUGGUGUCGCUGGACAGGGUGGGUUGAUACAAAUCAUCCAACAUCCGAAGAAGCUGGAGGAGACCAAGAGACCUUUGAAAUAGCACAAAGUAAAGGAAUACAUGUGUGCAGAGAAAAAAAAUAUAUCCGGAAAAUUGAAUGCAGAGCUAGCUCAUAUCCUAGUAUUCCAAUUGAAAGUCUUAAUCAACCUGUAACCUGUGAUAUUGAAACAGGUUUACAGUGUAGAAACAAGGAUAUAGUGGGACCAUGGAAGAUGUGCUACAAUUAUCAAGUACAAUUCUACUGUUGUGAUCAGAUUUACGACUGUCCUUCUACUUUAUCAACUACAACAUCUACACUGUCAAUUAAAACCACAAGUCAUCACCCUAUAACUAAAACAGCUAAAGUCACUACUGCAGACUUAAAUUUCUCUACAUCUACAGGCAUAGCAACAACUACAUUUCCAGUUUCUUCUGCAAAAAUAAUUACAAAAUCAACAAGCUCUGUUUCUACAACCUCAAAUUCAAAAAGUAGUUCUAAUUCUAAAAUAACUAAUACAAUUAGUGGAACUUCCACCCUUGCAACACCCUUGACUUCAGCUCCUGUUACAUCUUCUGUGUCAUCACCCAUACCAAAAAGUACAUUUAAUCCAUCAAUUACAUCCACCAAAGCCAUUCCAGAAACCAGCACCUACUCACCAACACUAACAACAACUGCUCCUACUGAGAUUUUAACACCGUUAAAUUCAAUAUCAACUUUCAGUAAUCCAACAUCAACGACUGCUAGCAAAAAUGGGCCUUGUGGUUUGUGUCGCUGGACAGGGUGGGUUGAUAUAAAUCAUCCAACAUCAGAAGAAGCAGGCGGAGACCAGGAGACCUUUGAACUAGCACAAAGUAAAGGAAUACAUGUGUGCAGAGAAAAAAAAUAUAUCCGGAAAAUUGAAUGCAGAGCUAGCUCAUAUCCUAGUAUUCCAAUUGAAAGUCUACAUCAACCUGUAACCUGUGAUAUUGAAACAGGUUUACAGUGUAGAAACAAGGAUAUAGUAGGACCAUGGAAGAUGUGCUACAAUUAUCAAGUACAAUUCUACUGUUGUGAUCAGAUUUACGGUUGUCCUACAUUAGCUGUGAUGGAAGCACCAUCCACUACAAUUACUAAUCAUGUUUCCACAAGUCAAACAAAUGAACUCACUAAAGGAUUCACUAGUGUCUUGACAUCUUCGAGCAUUUCAACUAAAAUAUCAAGCCAAACAAGCUCUGCUAGUACUCAAGCUCAUUACUCAAGUUCUGAAGUAUCAAAAAACACAGUACACCAGGAUGAGGAUAAGGGUAUUGCUGGCGCUGAGGAGGAAGUUGACAAUGAGGAUUCUGAUGGUGAUGGAGUUUGGUUAAAUGAAGGCAACGGUGGAGACACCAAUUAUCCGUGGGAAGAAGAAGCCCAUUGUGAUGCCUGGGCAACAUAG